AUGUCGCUCACGCUGUGGAGUGUUGUAAACGCUGGGAAUACACGCACGCACAAGCUUCUGGCUGCUGCGACCCUCGCCAACGUUGCGGUGACGCCGAAGACGUGCGAGUACGGCCGCGAGAACGAGACGGCGGAAUGCUGCCGCAACUGCAGCCCGUGCGGCCGCUACCCCGUGCUGCAGACGGAGGAGGGCUGUGUGUUCGAGACCAACGCCAUCCUGCGCCACAUCGCGCGCCUUGACCGGAGCGGCGGCUUCCUGUACGGCCGCACGCCGCUGGAGGGCAGCCAGGUGGACAUGUGGCUCGACUUUUCGGCAACGGAGCUGGACGCUGCCCCGCACCGUUUGUGCAGCACGCCUUCCGUGGCGGGCAGCGGCUCGCCAACGCGAUGGACCGCGUGCACGAGGUGCUGCGUGCGCUGGAGGCGUGGCUGGAGACGCGCACAUUCCUCGUGGACGAGUGCGUGGUGGUUGCGUUUGCGCCGCAAUGGCACUAUCGUCUGA